GGCAGAAAGCAGGAGGCGCUGCUCUCUCUCAGUUAGGAGGAUGCUGCGCUGACACGCGGACCGUCGGCGCUCUCUAACCGAACCACGACUCACUGCAGAUCCUUCAGUCAGACUCCAAACACUCCUCAGCCUCUCCUCUCCUCUCCUCUCUUCCCGUGUGGACCGGCUCUUGUCGCCAUGCCGCCGGCCGCCUGCUCUCUCCGCAUCACGUUACGCGCGGGGCUGUGGAUCGGGCUGCUGUGGAGCUGCGUCUCAGCAGGAGAUAAAGAAGUCCCCACAGCCGGCCCCUCUGCCCAGUCUCCAGGGCCAACACCAGGGAGCACAAAGGAAACGAGCCCCAAAGCCAAGAGCUCGGCCGCAUUAGCUGGAGGUUUGCUGCACUCAGUGCUGACUCAAAAAGGACGGCUUGUCUCCCAGCAAAGGGACAUCCUGCCCUCCUCGAUGCCCCACAACCUGCUCCCUCUUCUGGGCAGAGGGCUCAGUGUCGGCUCCCUCCCUGGAAGCAGCUCCCUGGAGCAUGAAAGCGGGGGAUUACUUAGGAAAGUAAAACCCCCGGUGUCAGCUGCAGCGUCAGGCCGAGGCAGUGAUCCAACUGAGCCUCCGCCUACGGAUACACACUCCCAGCUACCACACGCACUGACACACACACCUGAGCCGGAGGUGGAGAUAACCACUGUGGCUAUCGUGGACAUGGACGCGGAGACUGGAACGCCUCAGCCAGCUCUGUCCAGCUGCAUGGUGAAUUUCACCGACCCGGAGGGAUACAUCGACUCGUCUGAUGACCCCCCUCUGCCCGACAGCGCCUUCCUGCACUGCACCUAUACGGUGACCGUGUACACGGGCUACGGCGUGGAGCUGCAGGUGAAGAGCGUGAACCUCUCCGAGGGCGAGCAGCUGUCCAUCAGGGGCGCAGACGAACACGGCGCCCUGCUGGUCCUCGCCAACCAGACUCUGCUGGUGGAGGGUCAGGUGAUCCGCAGUCCCACCAACACCCUGUCGGUGUACUACCGCUCCACUCUGGACGGGAACAUGGGAAUCUUCCAGCUGCACUACCAGACCUUCAGACUGAGCUGCUCGCUACCAAAGAGGCCUCACUUUGGGGAGGUGUCUGUGCUCGACCUGCUGCCUGGAGGCAUCGCCCGCUUCCACUGCCACAUGGGUUAUCACCUGCAGGGGGAGUCGGUGCUCACCUGUCUCAACGCCUCCCUGCCGGUGUGGAGCGGCAAAGUGCCCUCCUGUAGAGCUCUGUGUGGAGGAACAGUAAAAAAUGCCACAGUCGGGCGGGUCUUAUCUCCCUCUCCUCACCACGGGCCCAAUGCCACCCAGGACCGCUCCUGCUCCUGGUCCCUGGAGGCUCCUAAGGAUCAGAGGCUGCACCUCCACCUGGAAAGACUCGCCCUGGGGCCCACCGACAGGCUGGUGCUGUGGAGUGGGCUGGACGCUGGCUCAGUGGUCCUGUUCGACUCAGGUCGGGGGGGUCAGAUCCCCUUUGAGGGAGUGAUCAGUGAGGGUCCGGCUGUCAGGAUCCAGUUCAUCACCGAUCAGCCAAACCACAACACGGGAUUCAACAUCCGAUACGAAGCGUUCGAACGUGGCCACUGCUAUGAGCCGUACCUCCAGAAUGGGAACUUUACCACCACUGAUCCGCUGUACGGCGUGGGGGCUGUGGUCACGUUUACCUGUGACCCCGGUCACGCUCUGGAACAAGGCCCGCCUGUGAUCGAGUGCAUCAGUGCGAGAGAUCCGUACUGGAACGACACAGAGCCGCUGUGCAAAGCUCAGUGCGGAGGAGACCUGACCGGACCCGGGGGCGUGAUUCUGUCUCCAAACUGGCCCGAGUGGUACGGAGAGGGGGAGGACUGCAGCUGGAGGAUCCACGUCGGCGAGGACAAACGAGUGCUUCUCGACGUACAGCUACUAAACAUCAGUGACAGCGACAUGCUGACCAUCACAGACGGCGACGAGGUCACCACUCGCAUCCUGGGGCGAUACGUCGGAGGAAGCAGCCCGUUUAAACUCUCCUCUACUACCCCAGAUCUGACCGUCACCUUCCACUCAGAUCCUGCCGGGCUCGUCUUCGGCAAGGGCGAAGGAUUCAUCAUCAACUACAUGGAGGUGUCCAGGAACGACUCCUGUCCGGACCUGCCCGAGAUCCAGAAUGGAUGGAAGACAACGUCCCACAUCGCUCUGGUUCGAGGGGCCCGGAUCACUUACCAGUGUGACCCCGGAUAUGACCUGGUGGGACGGGAGACGCUCACCUGUCAGUUAGACCUCUCCUGGAGCUCCCAGCCCCCGUUCUGUGAAAAAAUCAUGUACUGCUCAGAUCCCGGCCACGUGGAGCACUCUACCAGGUCUCUGUCGGACCCCAAACUCCUCGUUGGGACGACCAUUCAGUACAGCUGCAACCCUGGAUUCAUCCUGCAGGGCGGCGCCACCAUCACCUGCUAUGGACGUGAACCAGGCACCCCUGUGUGGACGUCUCGACUCCCUCACUGUGUCUCUGAGGAUUCUGUUUCCUGUGAAAACCCCGGUCUCCCUGACAACGGCUACCAGAUCCUGUCCAAGAGGCUCUACCUGCCUGGGGAGUCGCUCACCUUCGUUUGUUACCAAGGUUACGAGCUCAUCGGAGAGGUGGCGAUUAAGUGCAUCCUGGGGAACCCGUCGUUCUGGAGCGGACCACUUCCUCUCUGCAGGGCCAACUAUGACUGCCAUGGCAACCAUGCUUUGGAAGUUGCAGAGGCGACUGCGGGCUCCACUCUGGACGGAGGGAACAUAGCGCUCGCCGUCUUCAUCCUCGUUCUUCUUCUCUCAGUGCUGCUUGGAGGAGUUUAUGUCUACGUCACACGGUGUCGAUAUCACUCCAACCUGAGGCUUCCUCUGAUCUACCCCCACCCGUACCGACAGAUCACUGUGGAGACAGAGUUUGACAACCCGCUCUACGAGACAGGAGGGCAGGACACUCGUGAAUAUGAAGUAUCGAUAUGAGAAACUUCACUAAAGACAUUUCUAAAACCAGGACUGACCGCCCCGCCCUUGAAUCCUCGUCCCCUCCUCCCUCCUUCUCCACCCAGGAGGAGGCGCUGUAAAUACAAACAGAUGAUGUCCAGCCCCUUCUGCCAGGAGACACAGAGACCGGUCCUGUUCUCUCCUCCUUUGACAUGACAGAUUCUUAAGAUUUCAUGAUAAAAAAAAAGAGGAGGAAAUACGAAGCGGGAGAGGAGCCGGAAGAGUCAGUGUUGGUGGAUUCACUGGGAAAUGAUGGGAUACAGAGGAUGGAGGGAAUGAGGCCCAAAGAUCAUCGAACAUGGUGAGAAGAGAGGAUGUGUUUGGUGUUAAAUGUGACAAAAAGUAAAGGAGGGGAGAAGAGGAAGGAGAAAGGGACAGGACACAGAGGAAAAGAGGGCAUUGAAGCACUUUGAAUCUUUUUCAUUAGAAGACAGACUCCUGGAGUGUUGGUCAAAGACAGAGCUAUUAAAGUUGCAAUCCUUAAGAUUUUCUUCAGUCAGACUUUUAUUACCAGCAGAGUUUAUCCCUGCCUUUCCACAUUAACAGUUAGACUUCAACAGGAAAGAAGUACUGGAUACAGCGUUAUUGUUUUUACUUCACUGUUUCUGUUUCUGCUAAUGGCGGUGAGAACAUUUCCUGAUGCUGCCGGCUUACAUUAAAACACAAAGACAUGGGUUUUAUUGAGACGCAGUCAGGAAGAAAGCGCUGGCUUUAGCCUGCAGUUAUAGUUACGAUACAAUAUGAUUCGGCACAUUACGUUACGAUAUGAUUUCAUACAGUACAGUAUGUCACGUCAUGAUGCGAUACGACAAUACUGUCGUUACAUUACUUACGCUACCUUAUAAUACGAGGGAGAAGAACGAUUUGUCACUCCAGAGAACGCGUCUCUACUGCUUUAGAGUCCAGUGACGGCGUCCUUUACACCACUGCAUUAUGAUACAAUACCAUAUGUAAUGUGACGAUGUGUUAUCUUAUGUUACAAUACAGUAGUAUACAUUACAUUAGGUUACAAUACCAUACAAUUUUGUAUGUUACAUUACAAUAUGUUGCGUCACAAUACAAUACGACAAUAUUUUAGAAUGUCUUAUGUUACGAUACGUUAUGAUACUAUACAGUACAUUACGUUCUGAUACAUACGUUACGCCACAUUCCAACACGAUAUGUUAGUUAUGCUUUGUACAUUAUGGUACUAUGUGUAUGUUAAGCUAGCAUACAUGACGUUAUGAUAUGUUACAUUGCGUUAAGAUAUGCUGAGAUAUGUUACAAUGCAUUAAGUUACAAUACAUCAUAUUACGCUAGGAUACGUUACGCUAGAAUACGUUAUAUUACAAUACAAUAUUUUAGGUGUGUUUCCACGAUAUGUUUCCUUACAAUAUGUCAUGUUACAUCAUGUUAUGAUAUGGUACGGUACAUAAUGUUACAAAAUUAUAGAUAUGUGUUGAAUAUUACAUCACAAUACUUUAGCUACAUUUUGCAUGUUACGUUUGGAUACGUUUUGUUACAUUAGCAUGUUACGCUACGAUUCGUUACUCUACUUCAGGAUUCUUUACAUUACAUUAGGAUAUGUUACGUUACAUCAGGAUACGUUACGUUACGAUUCAUUACUUUACCUCAGAAUUCGUUACAUUACAUUAGGAUACGUUAAGUUACAUUAGGAUAAGUUAUUUUACGAUUUGUUACCUUACAUUUGGAUAAGUUACGUUACAUUUUGAUAUGUUUAGUUACAUUAGUAUACGUUACGUUAAAUUAGGAUAUAUUAUGUUACAUUAGGAUAUGUUACAUUACAAUACCUUAUGUUAUGGUAUGUGUGAUAUGAUACUUUCUAUUUCAGGCCCUUUUUAAAUUGUUGAGAAUGUUUCUAGAACACAGGGUGACAGGAAACUUGCAGAAAUUCAUGUUUCAGAUUUUUUUGUAUCUAUUUUUGUUUGAAAGGGUGUAAUUUUCCUUUCAUUCCAAGGCAAAAAAAAAAAUGUUUUUUUUUUAGGUUUAAAUGUUUGAAAAUGGAA